CAAUCAAAAUUCAACCCUCUUCUUUCUCACGAUUCUUCCACUUUCACCUCUCCACCUUACUUAGAUAUACUAAAGUAAAAGCACUCUGCAUCUCCAAUAUCAAAUAUGGUCAAAGCGUUCAUGAACUUGGCUUGGCGGACCUGAGAUUAAGUAUACCUGCUUGGUGAGCCAGGGUGCUAGGCAUUUGCUCAUGCAGUAUCGUGAAUAAAUCAGCUGCAAGGCUGUAGGUAUGGAGGCUGUUGGAGAGGUAAUUGCUCUGGGCCCUGGGCUUACUGUAAGGCAGGGAAGUUGGAGAUAUCGUGGCUUAUGCUGGCAAUCCAAUGGGUUCAUAUUCUGAAGAGCAGAGCCUUCCUGCAAACAAAGUGUUUCUUGUUCCUUCUUCUAUCUCACCAGUUAUUGCAGCUUCUGUCAUACUUAAGGGAAUGACAGCUCAGUUUCUACUUCGCCGUUGCUUCAAGGGAUCACUGGCAUGCUUAAAGCUUCAGGGUUACAUGGUGAGUUUUGGGCAGUCUUCUGGUACACCAAAUCCAGUUCCCUUAUCAGCACUGGCACCAAAAUCUCUGUUCUUGACGAGGCCUUCUCUCAUGCAAUACACGACAACUCGGGAUGAGUUGCUGGAAACUGUGGGGAGGUAUUUGCCAACGUUGCAUCAGGUGUCUUGCGGGUUCGUGCAAAUCAUACAUGCCCAUUAGCACAAGCAGCACAGGCACAUGCAGACCUGGAGAGCCGAAAAACAUCUGGAUCGGUUGUGCUAAUACCAUGAAGUUGAGCAGUCUGUUUCAUCUUUCACAGAAUAGAUAGAGGUUGUUUGGUCAAGUGUGUUGUCAGCCUUGCUAUGUAUGCAAAGAUCCAUGUCCAUUAUGUUAUAACCUACGCCUCAACUCCAACCAAAAACACACAGCAAUUUCAAACAACACAGAUCACACACACACACAAAACACCAAGAAUUACCAUGGUUCACUUGCUCAACAAGCUACGUCCACAUUGAGCUCGGAAAACCAGCGAGCUCGCUACACUAUAUUUAUCAAGAUCACAGUACAGAUUACAAACCGAAUAUCAAAACCCCCUCAAAUCUUCUCAAGAUCCAGUAACUUCCCUAGAGACACUAUUCCCUGUAUCCCUAAUGACUUGAAACCAAUCACUUGAUUAACAGUUACAAGAUUCAAGACCACAAAAACCCAAACCCUAGCAGACUCAAUUUUUGCUCGAUAGAGAAGAGAGAGAUACAAUUGUUAUUCUGCUUCGAUUCUGCCCUGUUUGCCUGCUUUUAUAUCAUUGACCAGAGGACUCCUUUUCACCGUUGGAUCUUCAGCCAGCCAACGCUCAGGAUUAAUCUCACCAUUAGCUUAAAACGACGUCACUCCAUUUAAUGAUGAAACGUCACCGUAUAAAGCCAUCACACCAACACAGUAACUAUACGUGGUCACCAAGAGAAGUCGUGUUUGCAGUAUGGUAGCAAUAAAAAUGUAGAAUUCUGGACAUUUGACUUGUUUUUCUGCUUGUAAUCAUGUUGAUGAUACUUUGCUUUUGGUACUAGUAUGGAGUGUGGUUGUGAAUAUAGAAG